AGAAUGAGGUCAUGAGCUCUUUUGUACCCGUGUUGAAAUCACUACGUCAAGAGCAUCGUAAGAUGCGCACUUGCGUGUUAUCCAAGUCUCGCACAAUUAUGGAUUUGGUCAGAGUUUGUGAGAAUUUAUCGAGCGUCAGGGUAUAUGGGUGGAAUCUGACUGACAGCGAUAUACAAGAAUUUCCACAACACUGUCCUACACUCAAGGAGUUUCACGUGAUUGGGAUCAACAAGUCUCUCACGCGAACAUCCAUAAAUUCAAUCAUACGUUCUGUAUCUGAGCUUCGUGUACUGGAUCUGGACGGUGCAUUCGACCUACCGGAUAGCUUUGCAGAGACAUUGACCAAGAGGCAUCGAAAUUUGAAUUCUCUUAAGCUUUGCACCGAAUCGAUGACCGCCAAUGGGUUCAGUAUUUUGGCCAGUAGAUUGGGGCGGUUGACUGAAUUGACAUUGCAGAAUUGUUCCGGGCUUACUGACAAUAACGUCUUUCAGUUUGCGGAUACCAAUCCUAACUUGAAAGUAAUAUCCAUAUCUGGUGACGUACUUUCAAUAGAAUCCUUGAAGGCGGCCUGUACCUUGAAGGAAUUAUGUCAUCUGGACCUGAGGUGCACGUCUCAAGCCUGUGGGUCGUCACCAGAUGAUAGAUUUAUGACGCCGCUAGGUGGAAAUUUGCGCACGAUGUUGCUUGAGAAUCUACCCUUGAAUGAUGGCAUGAUUGAAAACAUGUUCAUUAAUUGCAAGCAGUUGGAAGUAUUUGGUCUUUCUCGAUGUUCUCUCGUGACUUAUCAUUCGAUAGAAAUAAUUUCACGUGCAUCUAGAAAUUUAAGGGUUUUAAAUGUCACCAGGUGUCCGUAUAUUACUGACAAGUGCUUGAGAUUUUUGGUGAAGUACUCUCGACACACGCUCACCGAAUUUAUAGUGGAGUCGUGUGGAAAAUUUGAUCCCAAAGGGGUACAUUGGCUUGCCUGUAACACCAACAACCUUGAAAGGAUGGCGUUUCACGAUACUGACACGAUAUUGAGAUCUUUUGUUUACCAUCAAUUCGCCGGCGAACGGCAUGAUCCAAAUGGCUCAUUAAGAUGUACAAUCGAAGGAGAAAAUUUAAAAAAAUUGAUCCAUUAUGAUAUUGAUCAGGAAGAAGAUUUGGUCAUCUCCAAAAGUAAGAUUCCUGAAUUGGCUGUGGAAUUAAAUCUACCUUUUGACGUUCUAGAAAGUGCAAUCAAGAAGGUGCUUGGCAAAGGAUGCUCCUCGACUUCGGCUACCUUAAGAAAAAACUUGGGCGACUUUGAUCGACGGGAUUCACUAAAUAGCUCACACAGUGGUUCACCGCGUCGAGAGUCCAGAGAUGCUGACUUCGACGAAACCGGAUCUUUGGCUAGCCGCUGUAGUUCAUAUUCCACGCCGGCGGAAUUAUCUUCUCCGAUUAAAAAGACUCAGAGUGGGUGGUCCUCAAUAAACAUAAAGAUUACUCGCUCGAAUCAAAGACUCUCCUUUGACUCAAAACGGGAAGAUCAGCCUAGUUCGAGCGUGAGUGUAACGCAAAACGCAGAUAAGCCCGACUCACCACCAGUGCCCGCUCAGGAAAAGGCAACUUUUGAUAAAGAAAAAUACGAGGUAGAUCGGACGACGAUUCAUGAGUCUCCACUUCCGACAACAGUUGAGCACCGUCAAUUCGUUGAAUCCCCAGUUCAGGAAGCGAGUCGGGAUGAGACCAUAUUGAAGUCACCUAUGUCUGAGUUCUCCAUGGAAGCUUCAACUUCGCGAGAUUCAGAGCAAGAUGAUUUGCAAAAGAAUAUUCAUGCGCAAAUUUCAUCUUCCCCUGAACCGCUCUACAAUGAAAUCACAAAGAAAACUUUAGGGGAUGAAGAAGAAACGAUUCCUUCAGAGCGAUCAGCGGAUGACCCCUCCGCGUGGGAUAACGAAAAUGAACAAUCGGAAAGUUUAUCAUGGAACGAUGAUAAUCUCGAUACAUCAAGGGAUUUGGGAGGAUGGGGAGAGAUGGAAUCGGACCAAAUAAUUCCUCACAAGUAUAAGUGGGCUGGGGAUCACUGGACGUCCGAGCAUUCUGAAGAUAGGUCGCAAGAUGAAAUUAUGGAGAGCACCGGAUAUGUUAACACUUCUUUUGUCAGAAAUUCAAGUGAGGCAAGUUACUCGAGAAGUAGAUCUUCUUCGCUUCAAAGGGACCACAGAGAAUGGCCCACACCUUCUGAGGCCGCUGCUCUCUCGCCCAAGAAACACGAGGCCGGAGAUCAUAGCGCACGGAACGUCGACUUUGCGUCACCAUGGGGAAGCCAUAAAAAGUGGUCUACCGAUGCGGAAAAAAAACAACCCGAACAACCUAAUCCCACCUGGGAUCCAAACGAAUUGAAAAAUGCAAAUUCUCCAAUCUAUUUUGAAGAAAAGAAGUUGCCCGUCAAUAAAAAUAAGGAUGAUAAUGGAUGGGGCCCUCCUCCGUCCAAUGAUAUUCCUUGGGAUGACGAACGUCAAGGUGUCUGCUUGGAACUUAUUCAAGAACAGAAGAGGUCGAUCUAUUGGGCAGUUCAGCAGGGUCAAUGGGUAAAACUCACCGGCGACGAGGAGACGGAGACUUCUGAGAAAGAGACCGUUGAGACGAGGUCGCAACGUUUUGAAAAUCAAAAUCAAACUUCGGAGAGGUGGAAUGAAAUACGUGAUUGCGCAAGGCGUGAUAGGGAUCGUGGCUUCGAGAGAGAGGACAACGCCAGCACUAUCAAAAAAGGGGAGAUUGCACAAUGUUAUAACGCAUCGAUAUCGAAUGCGGGAGAUGCCAGAGAACGAAUGGGUAAUCCCCAAUGGAAAUCAGAAAAUGAAUGGCGCCAUAAAGGGAAUGAACAAAAUCCCUUGUCAAAGCCAGGUAGGGAAUCUGGUGAUCUUAUUAAUCCUGACAUUCCCGAUAUUUCUGACUCGAAGAGCACUUCAGAUGAUUCCGAGGAGAUACUAUCGGUCUCCUCCAAUAAAGACUAUGGCGAGUACUCAAUUUUCGAUUCGAAAGACUCGGUCAAUUUACCAAGAAAAGAGAUAGACAUUGAUCUCUCAGAUCAAUUGAAUGACAGUGAGUUUGCUCGAGGUCGACGGUUUGUCGAAAACGUCAUGAUUUCAAACCCAACCGAAAGAGAUAUAAAAAGAGGGUCAAUAGAACGCAACGACAACUUACUUAUCGACCUUGAAUCCGACCAAAAUGUUGAAACUUCAUCCAAUAGUAAUCCAGGAUUCUCGGGAAAAGUCAAUCAAGAUAUCGCGGGUUUGAGCGACUUUUAUUGUAAUCCAGAAUCAUCA